CUUUUUUUCCUAUUUUUUUUUUCUUUCUUAUUUCUCUUUUAUAUCAUAUCAAUGGAUAGAAUGGGUUAUUCAUCAACAGAAUGGCCAACCACAACAACCGCAACAACAAAUACGCCAUCACCUAUUUUCUUCCCUGCAGCUUCACCCACACCAAAGUUAUCCAGUACACCUUCUAAGAAACCACCGUCUCCUGUGGAUUGGCAUCAUGAACUAUUAUGUGAAGAAAAGAAUAACAACCAUAUGUCAAGAAGUUCCAAUAAUCCUAGUUUGUAUAAACCUCCGUUUACUUUUGAUGGUGACUUGACUCGCCCCGAGUUGGAUGUUCUCUUGGAAAAACUGCAACAAUCUACUUUAUCGGCUGACACCAUGACUUCUUCCUUUUUGGGCGAUUUAGAUGAUGAUGACGAUAUUGAUGAAGAUAUCCAACUUAAUGAUGAUGAUGAUUUCUUCUUGACGGCAGGAAUGCUACUUAGUGGUAUAGAAUUAUCAAAACAACAAGAUAAUACACAACAACAACAACAACAACAACAACAAAUAUCUGAUUCUCAACAGUUACGUCAAUGGCUUGAACAAUUACCUGAGACCGGAUUAAAAGAAGAACAAGGAUCAAGUGUAUCAAAGGCAUCCCAUACCAAUCCACAAGAAAUGAAGCGGGCUUCUUUUAUCAAGUUAGGAAAGCAAUGGGUCACAAGGAUGAAAAAGGCUGCCAUCAGUGGCAACAACAUCGGUAUCAGGCACAGCAAAUAGUUGAUUGUAGUUUCCUUUUAUUAUUAUAGUUAUUAUUAUCUUGGCCUAUGUCUCCUUCCUUCUUAGUUUUAUAUUAUAUCACUUUUUAUCCAUGUAGUCUUAUAAUGCUAUUCGUUUAAUUAGUUACAAUUCAAAGGUGAAUAAACUGUGGUUUCUCUUCAGGCACAUUGUCUGAGUGUGAAUUGGCGCGCGCGCGUAUAUUUGAAAGGGAAAAAGUGGUUGAAAAAUUCAAUGCGUG